GUACCAUUUUUCCAGCAAUCAGCCUCACCGUAGUAGCGUUCCUUACGAAAAAAUAUGCUAGUUAUUCUGUUGCUUUGCUGAUUAUCAAUGGCGGAAUGACCGCUGGAGCUCUCUGUAGUUAUCAAGUCAAUCACGUGGAUUUAUCUCCAAACCAUUCGGGAGUACUCAUGGCAAUCACAAAUAGUUCUACAAGUGUUUUUUCCAUUGUAUCUCCAUUAAUUGUCCAAUUCAUCGUUACAGACGUAACCAGUCAGUUGCAGUGGAGAAUAAUAUUCCUCAUAACAGCAGGUCUAUAUCUGUUUGCUGAUGUAUUCUACAUCGUUUUUGGAUCUGGAGAGGUACAGUCCUGGAACAACAUUGAGGAUGAAAAUAUGAAAAGGUGUUCUCCUGCUCAUACGUUCGUCAAUAAACUCGACAACGAAAGUAAUAAGUAUUAGAUGGUUAACGGAAAAACAUAUUUUAAACUGACUUUUUUAUAUACAGUGCUUCCUAAAAGUAACGGAUGAAUUCUAUAAAAUCUCGGUCAAAAAUAUUCGAAAAAAAUGUGGGACUGAUCGAUUUUCAUUCUGAAAUUACCAUUCGGACAAUUAUUCACUACUUCGUGCUUGAGGGUUUCCACCAAUAAUUUGUAGGUGUUUCUAUGGUACACAACAAGUUUGACAAAAUCAGUCGAUGAAGAAUCAAAAUGUGUCAAUAUUCGAGCAGGCCUUGCCACAACAAUUUGUUAAACAUAAUUGUAAUAAUUGAGUUCAUGAAAAUGAAACAAAAGAAUAUAGAAUGAAGAAAUUACUUUUGUC